CCGAGAAAUGGCUACGCAGUUUCGAGCAUAUUCGGUGAAUUUCAAAACAAGUAACUCUUUGUGAUCUUCAAGGAAUAUAAAGUGAAACAACAUGAGCGAGAACACUGGCGUCCUGGAGUUGCGUUGUUUCGGGCAGUCAUUUCAGUUAGGAAUGCUGUACGACUAUCGUAGUCACCAACCUGUAACAGAGUCAACGUUGUGGGAAUCUGACACCGUUGAGAAUAUCUCCUCCUCAUGCAUUUCCCCUCAUUCUAAAAACGAAGUCUUCACAAGUGGCAACGUGGAAGAGAUGGCAAAGGUUUUCGGUAUCGAUUCUAACUUUAGAUUGAGUUUAAUGACAGGAUUGGUCAACCCAUCUGGAAUUGGAAAGUUCAUUAUCCAUGGGGAUCCCCCAAAGAGGGACAAUCUGGUUCGCAUUAUUCUCAAGUAUGAAACCACAUCAAGAUUUGAAGAACUUAGCAUGGAUCAAGCAAGGAAAGAGCCGUACAGAGACCUAUGCUCAGAGAUGACAGCUACGCAUUUUGUAUCACGCAUAGAAUAUGGCAGAGAAGCAAUUUUCGUUUUCGACAGAAGAGUGGACGAAGACGAAACAUUUGCCGAUGUCGAAGCCGACCUAAAGUUUGCUGUUGACUCAUUAUCCCAAGUUGCGGUGGAAAGUGAUGUACAUGCAUCAGACCUGAUAGACGAGGAAGAACUGAGUAAACUGCUUUGCACCUUUUAUGGAGAUAUAAACCAGGCCAGUUCCACCAGUGGUAUGAGUUAUGAAGAUGCCGUGCGGACCUACAGUGAACUCCAGAAAGACGUAGAGAGCUGCCUGAAAGAAGUUCCCAAAAAGGUUUGGCUCCAACCAUUGAGCACUUUGGACUCGCAAUGGGUACAGCAAGGGCGUGUAAUUAGCCCUCCUGUAACUGAAGCAUUGGAAAGUAUCUUGGAAAAUUUCAACGAGUUCGAAACGUAUCUAUCUGGCCUCGUCGAUAAUAAGACAUGCUCUACCUUUCCUGUCCUCAAACAGCGGAUCUCUAGAUGUGGAAGAGCGGUUUCUAGGUACAAAAAGAAUCUACUCAAGACAUUUUCAGAUCUGUUGCCAGUGGUGCGAGGUGGUGAUGAAGCCGAGGAGGUCCUUACCGACGUCCUUAACAUGGUCGCAUCAUCUCCGUUUCAUCACGACGGGCUCUCGUCUUGGAAGAGUGGCAUGGAAAAGGAGAUGAAACUGCUAUCGACAUAUUUAGAAUUCUUUAAAGGAAUCCAACUGGUAUCGUCCUCCAUCGAUCUCGAAGGUAUGGUAAAUUCCUUAGAGUAUGACCAAGUUGUUUGCUUUUCCGUGAUGACGGCUGGGAGCCAGGAUGUGCUGGUUGAACAGAUGUAUAACUUCCUCCGAACUGGCAGUUGGAAAUCAGAGUAAAUCGAUGUGCAACCGUGUUAUGAGAAUCAGGACAUCAUCAAGAUUGGCAAGUCUAAAGCACUAAAUUUUAGGGACUUCGUGAAGGAGAAUGAAAAUGAUGAAAGCGCCAAGUUCAUUUUCACCAACGUCCAAAAAGGUACAGGGCAAGCACUUGUCGACAUCCAGUUGUUUGAAGCUGGCAAGCCAACCAAGUUUGAGCCCCCUGGUAGACCAGGAAAGCCUUAUGCAACAAAGACGAAUUCCUCUAGCAUUACUAUUGGAUGGAAAGAAUCACCACACGGAGGAGAGUUUGUUGAAAUGUACGCAGUCCACUUUAAAACAGCAACAAGUGGUCCAAGCACAGAUUGGACCUCUCUUCAGACUGUAGGGUCCCAGACCGUUACUACAGUAGAUGGAUUAGACGCCGAAACCCCAUAAUUGUUCAAAGUGAACUGCGUGAGCAAAGCUGGCCGUAACGCCUGCAGCGACAUCAGUGACAUUGUUGUUACUGAGGAUCCUGCAGCUGAGAUCGAAGCCGGAAACUCUCCAUAUGAGUCAGACCAACACCAGCAUCAUCAGGACGACCCACUGUUUGGCUCGCAAAGUCAGCAUGAAACCUUUGGUUUACAAAAGAAAUCGACAGCAACUGCGUCUGCCGUUACUGGUGAGAAAGUAGCCAGUGAAAAUAAUCCAUUACACAUUUCGGAACGAAGAAAUACCACCCCCGGAGGAGUUUCAUUUUUCGUCAUUUAUCGUUUAGCUGAGUCUUGGAUGUCUACUUCCAAGAAAAUAACGAGUGGGUCACCAUCAGUUUCUAAGCUUCCGAAGAGAUAAACAAUGAGACGGGAGAAUAGCAUGAUUGCCAGACAAGUUAUCGGUAGGCCUAAACGCGGAUUGGGACCGCUUGUGGAGAAAGUUCUUAUGGUGGUUGGAGCUACAGGGGCUGGUAAAACGACUCUGAUCAACGGUAUGGUAAACUACAUAUUGGGCGUAGAGUGGAAAGAUGACUUCAGGUAUAAGCUCAUCGUAGAGGAUAGCGGACUAUCGCAAGCCAACAGUCAGACGAAGAACAUUACAGCCUACACCUUUUAUCCCAUGGAAGGCUCCUCAAUUCCUUACAAAUUUACUAUCAUUGACACUCCCGGUUUUGGCGAUACAGAAGGAUUAAAGAGAGACAAAAUCAUCACCAAUCAGAUAAAGGAAUUUUUCUCAAUACCUCCACCAAAUGGUAUUGAUCAUUUGGACGGUAUUGGAUUUGUAACUCAAGCCUCUCUUGCUCGUCUCACUCCGCCACAGGAAUACAUCUUUGAUUCAGUCCUCUCCAUAUUUGGAAAUGACGUUUCCAAGAACAUAUUCAUGAUGCUCACCUUUGCAGAUGGCCAACAUCCUCCUGUUCUGGAUGCCAUUAAGAAGGCAAAUAUUCCGUGUGACAAGUAUUUCAAAUUUAACAACUCGGCGCUCUUUGCAGAAAAUACAGAAACAGAGGAGGGUUUCGAUGCUAUGUUUUGGAAGAUGGGUUUUCGUUCGUUUCAAAACUUCUUCACUCAGUUUGCAAAAUCGGAAAGCGUAAGCCUUCGCCUUACCAAAGAGGUAUUGAAAGAGCGAGACCAGCUACAAAACUUAUUUGAACGCCUAAAUCCACAAAUCACCAUGGGUCUCAACAAGAUAGAAGAGAUGCGACAAGAAGAGCUUAUCCUCCAAUAUCACGAAAAGGAGAUCGAAACAAACAAAGAGUUCGUGUACACAGUCGAUGUAACUAAGCCGCAUCAGGUUGACUUAAAAGGUACUGGGAGACACACCACAACCUGUCUUCGUUGCAACUACACCUGUCACAAGGACUGUGCAAUCGCAGAUGACCGUGAGAAAAGGGGAUGUUUGGCCAUGGAUGGGAGUGGUAACUGUACAGUCUGUACAGUCAAGUGUAAUUGGUCAGAGCACAGAAAUCUUCCUUACCUGAUUGAAUUCGAAACGGUGACCGAGACAAGAACAUCAGAUGAUCUAAAGAAGAAGUACGAAACCGCUGUUUCAGGAAAAUCUAAGGUACAAGGUAUGAUUGCUCAACUAGAAGAUUUCCUGCAGGAUGUGCAUUCACGCGUUAUGACCAUGAUUUACCAAGCUCAGCAAAGUCUUUACCGCCUAGAUGAAAUUGCCCUCAAACCGAAUCCACUAACUCAAGUUCAAUACCUGGAGCUGCUUAUUGAAUCUGAGAAAAAUGAAGCCAAACCUGGUUGGAGACAGCGGGUGGAAUAUUACGAAGAGGCCAAGCGUCAAGCUGAAAUUUUGUCCAAAGUCAAAGAUGUCGCUGCAGUUGAAUAGGAAAUCCAAAACAAGGCUCGGAAAGGCGACAGAUGGUAUCAUAAAUUUAAGUUCUGGUAAACCUAUCAGCGACAAAGCGAAGGACAGUUCCUCAGUGCGUACCCAAGCAACUAGCCACAAGCGAAACCUAAUUCCGUUUUUCUUCAAAGUUUUUAUGUAUUCAGAGACAUAUUGCAGAACUGUCGUUUCUGGACUUAUUUUUGUUGCUAUACUUAGUAAGUACGAAUAUUUAGUAAAUACCUCAAGUUAGAUCUAAUUUGCAUAAAUCCAUUAUUCCUGCGAGUCUUUCGGUAAGAGCCAAUCGAACUUAUCAAUACUGUGCAUUGUUCACAUAUGCAUCUAUGGUGCAUGUGUGCCUUGUAAGAAAUAGGGAGCAAGAUAUUUCAAGCCUUUAGUAUUGACCAUUCCUGAGAAAUCAUUGGUUUUUGUAGGAAACGAGAGGCUUCGUAACUACCGUUGACAAUUUGUUGUUUUUAUAAUUGAGUAGAUGUAAUCUAGUCUUCUAGUACUUUAGAUCAAGGGAUACUUUUUAAGUGUAGUUCCUUUGAUUAGUUUCAUUUAAAGAAUUUCAUCGUCGUCACGGUUGAUAAAACCUGUAUUAGUGAUCUAUAAGAGGCUAUGUGUACUCAAGUAAAUUAUAUAUACUUGUGAAAAGCGUUUCUAAAGGUUUGAACCCGCGUUACUUAUUCCAGUAAACAUUAGUUUUAGACUUUCCUCGUUGAUCGAUAGAGUUUGCAUAUCCUGGACGAAAAGGAAGGUAGAGGCCAGAGUUUGUCAUUGAUCUCA